AUGCAUAUCGACCCGCUGCCGAAAAAUAGAACAGAAACCUCAGACCGUGGAGAAUUGUUGAUAGAAUUUCACUCUUCUGCGCCCAGUAUAUACCAUAUAGUAGAUCUAUCUAUCUAUCUAUCUAUCUAUCUAUCUAUCUAUCUUAUUUAUAUCAAUAAGACCACAUCUAUGUAUGUAUGUAUGUAUGUAUGUAUGUAUGUCAGGCUAUCCUUUCACUAUCUCUUCAUAUCUAUCUAUCUAUCUAGCUAUCUAUCUCAGGUUAUCCCUUUCACUAUCUCGGUCUCUUCAUUAUCUAUCUAUCUAUCUAUCUAUCUAUCUAUCUAUCUAUCUAUCUUAUUUAUAUCAAUAAGACCACAUCUAUGUAUGUAUGUAUGUAUGUAUGUAUGCCAAGCUAUCCCUUUCACUAUCUAUCUAUCUAUCUAUCCAUCUCAGGUUAUACCUUUCACUAUCGCGGUCUCUUCAUAUCUAUCUAUCUAUCUAUCUAUCUAUCUAUCUAUCUAUCUUAUUUAUAUCAAUAAGACCACAUCUAUGUAUCUAUCCCUUUCACUAUCUAUCUAUCUAUCUAUCUAUCUAUCUAUCUAUCUAUCUAUCUCUCUCUCUCAGAUUAUCCCUUUCAUUAUCGCGGUCUCUUCAUAUCUAUCUAUCUAUCUAUCUAUCUAUCUAUCUAUCUAUCUAUCUACCUUAUUUAUAUCAAUAAGACCACAUCUAUGUAUGUAUGUAUGUAUGUCAAGCUAUCCCUUUAACUAUCUCUUCUUAUCUAUCUAUCUAUCUAUCUAUCUAUCUAUCUAUCUAUCUCAGGUUAUCCAUUUCACUAUCUCGGUCUCUUCAUAUCUAUCUAUCUAUCUAUCUAUCUAUCUAUCUAUCUAUCUAUCUAUCAAUAAGACCACAUCUAUGUAUGUAUGUAUGUCAAGCUAUCCCUUUCCCUAUCUCUUUUUAUCUAUCUAUCUCAGUUUAUCCCUUUCACUAUCUCGGUCUCUUCAUAUCUAUCUAUCUAUCUAUCUAUCUAUCUAUCUAUCUAUCUAUCUAUCUAUGAUUCCAUAG